AAACAUGAAAAGCUGGGUCCCUACCUCCUCCUUCUUCUUCUUCCUCCUUUACGUUUCCAGUGCAGCAGCAGACUUGCGUCAUUCUACUACUGCAGGAAGUUCAGGGAAGUCCGGUUCAUCGGAAGAUCUGGUCCGGAACUCAUGCAUACAUGCCAGCUACCCAGAUCUAUGCCUUCGAACACUCUCCACCUACGGUGCCCAGGCCAAGACCCCGAACGAUCUGGCCCAAGCCGCCGUCAACGUGAGCCUCUCCCGUGCCCGAAAGGUCUCCCAGUAUCUAUCUCGACUGGCGACUAGUUUGGGUGGUGAGGGUAGCAAUAAGAAGCAACGACUUGCUGUGACUGACUGUGUCGACCAACUGUCCGACUCGGUGGACGAGUUGAGUAAGACUCUGUCGGAGCUCCGGGACUUGCGUGACCGGAGCGGAAAGUUCCGGAUGCACAUGAGUAACGCGGAAACGUGGGUGAGUGCUGCACUCACCAACGAGGACACGUGUCUUGACGGGUUUCAGGAUGUGGGUGGGUCCAGUGGGACUGGGAAGAAUGUGAAGUCAGAUGUUAAGCGCAAGAUGAGCAAUGUCGCGAAGGUAACCAGUAAUGCGCUCUACCUUAUCAAUCGCCUCGACGAUGCUCGUGGCCGUUGAUUAAAUACGUGAAUUGACGGCAAUUGAUGC